CGCUGCCCCGCCGCCCGCCCGCCCGCCUUCCCCCGCGCUGCGCGCCCCCGCGGCCGCCCGGCCUGCGCCUCCGCCGGGCCCCCGGCGCGGCCCGGCCCCCCGCCUCUGCCGCGGCCCCCCCCUCAGCCCGCCGCCUCCCGCCGCGCCCGGCGCCUCCUGCCCUUGCACCCCGUACCGGCACCCUCUUCCCCUCGCCGCCCCGCUGAGGCCGAGGCCCUGCGUGCCCCGGGGGCUGCCCUGGGCCGCGCUGGCCGGCGCGGGGGUGGCGGGUUCCCCUGGCUGGGGUGCUGCUGUCUCGGGUGGGUGCUGCUAGCUCGGGUGGGUGCUUUCCCCUUGCGCCAACAGCCGGGCUGCGGCAGCGUGUGGCCCUCCUGCCCUGCAUGCCCAGCUGGGUGCUCGCUGUCCCCUGCCACCUCCCUCCCACGGUGCCCACGCUGCCCUGGGAGCACUUCAGGCACCAUGGCAAUGUGGGGCAGCUGUGGGCUACAGCGGGAGCCGCCCGUCUACGCCCCACAUUGCAUCCGUUGGGAUUUUGGUCUCGUAAGCCAUGUCUGUGCAGCCAGUGGUAACCCGGGGUGGUCACCCACUGGUCAGGCAUGCGGCUGGUGGCAGCUGGUGGUGCCUGGACAGUUUGUUGCAGGGGAGCACCUGGCACCGUAGAAACAGUGUGAGCAUCCAGGGCCUGGAGUGGUCUGGCACAGAGAGUCUGGAGUGUUGGUGAAGGGUGGCACAGGUGGUUGCACACAGAGCAGAAGCUCCAAGCUGCAGCUCUCCUCUGAGAACACCCGCUCUGCUUGCACCAGCCUGGGAAGAGAAACUCCUGAGAGUUCCAUCCUGUUCUCUGGCAAACGCAAAUCCCUCUGGGUCGCUGCCAGCCUGAUACUGUUGCCUUGUACAUUAGCAGAGAUGAACUUGAGGUGACUCCGCCAGUGGCCUUGCUGAGGGAUGGAGGCUUGGCUCUCCCUCAGCACCUCCUGAGAGGCUGCUGCUGCUCCUUUACUGACCCUGAGCAGUGCCUCAGCUGAUCCAAUCCUUGACACGAUUUGGCCUCUGAGUUCAAACAUGCUGCCGUUCCUGAUGUUUGAAGUACUGCCCCCACCUCUGUCCUUUCACAUCUUGUUCUUGCCGUAGUACCUAGGAAGCUUCUAGCUGUGUCAUAAGCAUUAACAUCUGCUUUGAGGUUUGUCAUGCUUACAUGACUUUCACUUUCUUCUGAAAAGGUUCUCUUUCCCCUUGCCUCUGCUAUUCUCUCCUCCGCUUCCAUUACGAUUCUGUCUUUUCCUCAGCAAAAGGCCUGAAAGAGUUUGUAGAUACAGAAUUCACAGUUUUGCAGAUGCUUUGCCAAAUACAGCCUCUACCGUGCUACAAGACGUCACCAUCAUCCCCCUCAUCUUGACUCACUUCUCUGGCUGCAAGUCGUGCUGGGCAUUGCGUCUAAAUGUGUCCUGUUGUUUGCGAGGCCCUCCGUAGUGCCGAUAAUGCCCACAUCUCUGAGCUGGCUUCUUCUGCUCUUCUGUUCUUGAAAUCCUCUGCUCUGCCAAGGCCAAAGGUUUCAGUUCACUCUCCAGCUGCUCCGCUUAGGAUUAGCAGUGACAUUAAACCUAGUACGAACAUACAACGAUUUUAGAGAAGUGUUAACUUAGCAAUGGGACAGGAGGAAUGAGCGGUAGGGGAGAGGGAAGGUGUGACCCUCGGAGCCUUGCAGAGCACCGGCUCUGAUAGCUGUUGUGGGAAGUGUGUCUGUGUGAUGUCUCAGGGUUUGGCAUGCAGUUGAGGUGUCCCUGCAGUGGGUGACUGUUCAGAUGGACUUUGUGACGAUGGUGAUGUUGAGCUUGGGUGGAACAGCCUGAGUUGUGCUUACCUUAGCACUUCACUACCUUAACUGAUAAUUUCUCCUCAAUCUCCAGCAAAAUUAUUUUUCUAAUCACAUUCUAAGAAUUGCUCAGUCUCACUUCUGAGCAACACAGCCUUUACUUUCUCCUAUUUUUAGAACCUUUCUGCUAGGAAAUAAAAUCUAUUGCUUCCUUCUCAUGAGCACCUAGGGGCUCUGAGAGGAAGAAGUCCAUGUGAUGCCAGGUAUCAGCAGAGUCCCUGCCGGGGAUUUAGGUGCUUUGGAGAUAAUGAGCAGCACAGAACAGGAGCGAAGGCGGGCAAAGGGCAGAGCUUCCAAGUCAAACUUGAGUAAUUUCCAGAUUUCUGGACUCCCUGCUCAGCAACCCAAGCAUCAUAAUGGGCUUCUGUCCAAAAGCUAUCUUAAAAAAUAUUGUUCAGGGUGCAAAGUCAAGCGCUCCAGUGUUGAGGAAUGUCCUUGUAGCCCCAGUUCAACCUGUUUUGGAUACGUACUUGAGGUGUAAUGACUAAUUUUGUGAUUGUAUACUACUUAGCCCUGGGAGCCCAGCCAUGGGUACUGCACAGCAGAAGGGGUGCUGCUCUUGGGAUUUUCUCUGUUCCUUAUUCUAAGUUGUAUUGUUUUAGCCUGUCUGCAAAAUGGCAGGAGAGACAACUGCAUGCUGUGGGGUGGGAGAAGACAGGACUCAGUAAUGGGGUCUGUAAGGUGCAUGCAGCCACUCCAUAGAGAAUUUGGGAAACUUUUGUCUCCUAAGCUGGCGUUCUGGCCUUUGCGUGCUUGCAUCCCCAGUGCCAGAGGUUCAAUAUCCAUCACAGUCUCCUUGCUCACAUGUUGUGGCAAGGUAUUCUGCUUUGCAUUAAAAAUUGAUGCUGCACUCUAGUUUCCAGAUGACUUUCCUUUGCUUGCUGCCUGGCCCAACACGAGCUCCUCUUCCUUCCUCCCCAAGCUACGCUUACCCCACACAAAUGCCACAAGCCUGUCCUCAGCCACGUCCUGCAGUGGAGCAGGUGAGAAUGCUGUGACAGCCAGGGCCCAGCUGGAGGGAAGAAGAAGCCAUUUGAAUGACCCGUGUGUAGGUUCCUGCUACCCUGAACUGCAGCUCUUUGUGCUCCUGAUUCACUCCAGUCCAUUCAUCUCUCUUUGGUGGCAAAGUGCUGUCGGCUGCUGGAUAUUGGGCUCUUUGUUUAUACAGCCAGCACAACGCUGGUGACAAAGGGACAGCCUGUGCCCCAAGGAGCCCACGUGCUACAGGAAAGGCAGUGGAGAGCAACAGGAGUGACGGACGGGACGGCAGAGGAGGUGAGUCGGACUGGAUAAACAGAGCAGUCCCGUCAGCAGAAAGCCUUUCCCUGGCUGGAUCCCCCGCUGGCACUCUCACUGGAAGUUGGCUGCACCUCAUCAGCGAGGAUGUUUUUCUCGUCCUCGUGUUAGCGUCCUGUCUUCCUGACUUUCCGGGACUCAGCCUUAGGUACUGAUCUGCCUUCAGGCCCCACACAAUGGAGGCUGGCUCCGUGGUACGAGCAGUCUUUGAUUUCUGUCCCAGUGUCUCUGAAGAGCUGCCCCUCUUUGUGGGAGAUGUCAUUGAGGUGCUGGCCGUGGUGGAUGAGUUCUGGCUCCUCGGCAAAAAGGAAGGUGUCACAGGGCAGUUUCCUAGCAGCUUUGUGGAACCUGUGGAUAUUCCCCCUUUGAAGCAGGGAGAAAAACUGUUUGUUUGUACCAGUGACUUCACAUCUCAAGAGCCAGGGAGCUUGUCAUUGCAGAGAGGAGACCUGGUGAUCCUGGGGGGGUCCCUGGCCUCCAGCUGGCUCCAGGGACGAAGUAGCUGGGGUUCCAAGGGCUUUUUCCCCUCAUCAUGUGUGCGGGAGCUGUGCCUUUCAGUUCGGAGCCGUCAGCUGUCGCAGAGCGCUCUCCUGGAGGUGCCUGCCUACUCAUUGGGCCAAGCCCGGGCCCUGAUGGACCUGUCUGCUCAGCUGGAGGAGGAACUGGACUUCAGGGAAGGGGAUUUGAUCAACAUUGUUGGCAUCCCAGAGCCUGGCUGGUUCGAGGGGGAGCUCAGAGGCCGCAGGGGCAUUUUCCCAGAGGGUUUUGUGGAACUGCUUACUCCUCUGCGAACGUUGGGAAUCUCAGAGGAUCCAGAGCCCCCAGGGACUUGUGACACCAACGGGACAGUGGAGAUGCCCCCCAAGGAGGAGGAGGAACCGGGGAGCACUUACGGUGUUGCCCUCUAUCAGUUCCAAGCCCUGGAGUCCAAGGAACUGGAUUUUGAUGUGGGCGACAGGAUUCGGAUCGUAGGCAUUCUGGAGGAUGGCUGGCUGGAGGGGGAGCUGAGAGGGAAACGCGGCAUCUUUCCACACAGAUUUGUAAGGCUGGAAGCCUCUGAGCCUUGCAGGGAAAUGGCAGGUGCUGGGGAUCCUCAGGGUGGAGGCAUCCAUCAAGAUGUGGAAAGCACCUGCUCUGAAGCUCUUCCAUUGCCAGGGAAAGAUGGCAAGGAAAAGGAGGAUGGCUCAGCUGCACACCCUGAGCCUGACACCCUUUUGUCUCACACCACAGAGAGGUCAGAGGGUCUUCUUGGCGCUGACUUGAGACAGCAUCAGUCCUUUCCCAGCACAGGACACCAAGGGCCAUGUCCCAAAGGCACAGCAGACUCCCUCCCCUUUGACCGCACAAAGACAGUCAAUGGCCUUCUCCCCUCUGCUCAGCUGCCUCCCCAGCGGGGCCACAGGCCUGGCCAAGCAGGUGAGUUGGAGCCUGGGGGGACUGUUUCAGCCUCCCCAGGAAACUCAGAAGCUCACUCCCUGCCUGAGCACGAUGGAGGCAGUCCCGCUGUGCCCCCGCAAGCUCCCUGCUCCCCCCUAGAUCCUUGCGGAAGCCAGGCAAUUUCUUCUCCUAACAGCUGGGCAGCAUCUGAGCCCCAGGAGAGCCAGAGCAGCACCCAGGACCUGGAUAGUUGGGUGGAUGGUCAACAGGAGAAGUCCAAACCUUGUUCCUCCAGCUUGGGAGGUGCCCAGGUGGGCCUGGACACAUGGGCUGGGAGCUGGGGGGAAUGCUGCCCGCUCGCAGCGCAGUGGGACGGCUGCACAGACCUCGACUCCAAACUGACAGAGCAGCUGGCGCAGUUUGAGAAGAGUCUGUCGAGUACCGGCCCUGAGCAGGACAAGGUCUCCCGACACUUCUCUAUCUUGGACUACAGCUCUGAGAAGGACAUUGUCCGUGGGUCUCCUGAGUGUGCCCCCCAUGCCAGGCAGCCAGAGAGGAGGAAGGCCCUGAGGCCACCCCCUCCUCGGCCCAGCAGCCUUGCAACAACCCCUGUGCACACGCUGGGUGGCCAGGUGCCCAAAGGCAGGUCUCUGUCCUUCUCGGUGAAGCCCUCCCGGCCUGCACCCCGGCCUCCAUCAAACAACCAACGGAAAAACGUGGCCCCUCCACAGCUUCAGCCCAGCAUCCAGGAGCACCAGGUGGAUGAGGGACGUGAGGACUUGACACGGACAGGAUCGGCUUCCCCCCGCUCCAUUCUGCUGACGAGGAUCGGAGAGGUGGAGCGAGACCUGGAGGCUUACGGCAAGACCCGUGCUGAGCUAAGCGUGAUGCUGGAGGAGCAGCAGGAUGAGCUGGUACGAGCAGAGGCCCUGGAAAACCUUGAUUUCUGUGACUCCAACAUCGAGAGCCUCAGCGUGGAGCUGCAGGAGCUGAGAGAGAUGACUCUCCUGUCCGCCCAGACACCAUCCCUGGAGACAUCCUCAGCUGCCACUGAGAGCCCAGAGCAAAGGAUGCUGGAGAAGAGGUCCAAGGUUAUUGAGGAGCUGCUCCAGACAGAACGGGACUAUAUCCGAGACCUGGAGAUGUGCGUGGAGAGGAUCAUGGUGCCCCUGCAGCAGGCACAGAUGCAGAACAUAGACUUUGAGGGUCUUUUUGGAAACAUCCACAUGGUAAUUAGCUUCUCCAAGCAGCUGCUGUCCACCUUGGAGGCUUCAGAUGCUAUUGGACCAGUGUUCCUGGCACAGCGUGCAGAGCUGGAGAGCAUCUACAGGGUGUAUUGCCAGAACCAUGACGAGGCCAUCGCACUUCUGGAAACCUAUGAGAAGGAUGAGAAGAUGCAGAAACUACUCCUGGACCUGCUGGAUAGCCUCAGGAGCCUGUACAGUGAGUGGGGCUGCACAAACUACAUUAACUUGGGCUCCUUCCUCAUCAAGCCAGUACAAAGGGUGAUGCGGUACCCACUACUACUGAUGGAGCUGCUCAGCGCCACCCCCGAGGCCCACCCUGACAAGGCACCGCUCACAGCUGCUGUCCUUGCAGUCAAAGAAAUCAACGUCAACAUCAACGAAUACAAGCGCCGGAAGGACCUGGUGCUAAAAUACCGGAAAGGGGACGAGGAUAGCCUCAUGGAGAAGAUCUCCAAGCUCAACUUCCACUCUAUCAUCAAGAAAUCCAAUCGUGUGAGCAGCCACCUCAAGCAUCUGACAGGCUUUGCGCCCCAGCUGAAGGAUGAAGCCUUUGAAGAGACAGAGAAAAAUUUCCGGAUGCAGGAGCGGCUGAUCAAGUCCUUCAUCCGGGACCUUUCCCUCUACCUGCAGCACGUUCGGGAGUCAGCUUGCAUGAAGGCACUGGCAGCAGUGAGCAUGUGGGACCUGUGCACAGAGAAGGGCAGUGCGGACUUGGACCAGUUCCAGAAAGUGAAUCGGCUCAUCAGCGACCAGCUCUUCUCCAACUUCAAAGAGCGGACAGAGCGGCUGGUGAGCUCGCCCCUGAACCAGCUGCUGAGCAUGUUUGCAGGGCCCCAUAAGCUGGUGCAGAAACGCUUUGAUAAGCUCCUCGACUUCCACAACUGCACGGAGCGAGCUGAGAAGCUGAAGGACAAGCGAACACUGGAGGAGCUGCAGUCAGCCCGUAACAACUACGAGGCCCUCAAUGCUCAGCUGCUGGACGAGCUGCCCAAGUUCCUGCGCUUCGCCAAGGAGCUGUUUGCCAGCUGUGUGCGGGGCUAUGCCGAGGCACACUGCGACUUCGUGCGCCUGGCCCUGGAGGAGCUGAGACCUUUGUUGUCGUUGCUGAAGGUGUCCAGCAGGGAGGGGAACCUCAUCGCCAUCUUCCAGGAUGAGCACAGUCGAGUCCUCCAGCAGCUCCAGGCCUUCACCUUCUUCCCAGAGUCCCAGGCAGCUCCCAAGAAGCCUUUUGAAAGGAAGAGCGUGGAGCGGCAAUCUGCCCGGCGCCAGCCCGUUGUCGGCUUGCCCAGCUACCUCCUGCAGUCGGAUGACGUCAGAGCUGCCCUCCUAGCCCGCUACCCCCCAGAGAGUCUCUUCCAGGCAGACCGCAAUUUCAAUGCUGCCCAAGACCUGGAUGUCUCACUGCUGGAAGGAGACAUCGUGGGUGUCAUCAAGAAGAAGGACCCCAUGGGCAGCCAGAAUCGUUGGCUCAUAGACAACGGGGUGACCAAGGGCUUUGUGUACAGCUCCUUUCUGAAGCCCUACAACCCACGCCGCAGCCAGUCGGACGUCUCUGUGGGCAGCCACUCUUCCAACGAGUCAGAGCACAGCAGCUCCUCUCCCCAAAGCAACACCACGCUGACCUUCAGCCCCAGCGGGGCGGCUGUCACCUUCACUCAGAAACCCCCACAGGACUCGGCCUCCCCAGCAGACCUGUACCAGUCCCCGCAGCCCCCCUUGGAGACGGACUCCCACUCUCUGCCCCAGCUUAGCUCUGGUGACAGGACAGCCCCGCUGGAGGCUGCUGCAGUGACAUCUCAGCGUCGCUACAGCCGCCCCGAGCUGGGCUGCAGCCCUGGCUUUCGCAACGGGCACCCCACCAAAGCACAUCUCAGGCCCACACCCUCAGUGGAGGACAGAGACUCUGGGUUGGAGAGCAGCGAGUCGGAGGGCAACCAGGUCUAUUACGCUCUCUACACCUUCAAAGGCCGAAACACCAACGAGCUGAGUGUGUCAGCUAACCAGAGACUCAGGAUCCUGCAGUUUGAGGACAUCACGGGCAAUCGGGAGUGGUGGCUGGCCGAGGCACACGGGAAGCAGGGCUACGUGCCUUCCAGUUACAUCAGGAAGACAGAGUACACGUGAGGCAGUGGGCAGGAACCUGCACCCUGUGCCUUGUUCCUGCCGGGGACCUCGCGGGGGCUGGCCAGCCCUGCAGCCCCCACUGCUCGCCCUGAGGCUGUGUCCCUCGCAGCCAUGCAGUGCUCCACCAUGGUGGCUGCCACCUCCCCUUCUGGGGAGUAAGAAGGGUGGGCUGGCAGGGCAGGCAGGAGCAGGCAGCUUGUGUGAGGGCAGGGGCGAGUUUACCUUUGCUGUUUGAAGCUCCUCUGUCCAGCUGGGAGCAGGGGAGCAAAGCUUGGGGCCACAGCCUAGAAGGGUAAGACUCGACUGAGGAGCUGCUGUGGUUUUAUAUGGUAGAAGGCUAACGCUGAGUUUCUGGACUCCAUCUUUAGCCAAGUAGUGUUAAAAGCAACCUGGGCCCUGUGAACAUGCUCCCUGUGCAUUCUCAGCAGCAGCAGGAGCCUGGUCUCACCUGGCUGUGCAGGACCUCAAGGUGGGACAUCUACACACUGCCUGGGGGAGCAGCCCUGAGGUUCGCUGGGAGUAGAGCUCCAGGGCUGGGAUGGGCCCAGCCUCUGAAAGCCCCUACAGCAGAGCCCCUAGCAGGUUUCUCAUCCCCAUGCUUGGUCUCCCAGGGGCUUGGGCCUCUCCAAGCUCUGCUGCUAGCAACAGCCAUCAUGUUCUCAUCUUCCAGGUGAGCCAGAGGUCCAGAACACCAUCUUCCCUUGUUAGCGCAGUAUCUCCUGUGCCCAAGACCCAUCUUUGCACUGACAUGCCCACCUGGCUGCCCUGGGCUGGGGCAGGGCAGAAGGUAAAUCACAGGCUGUCUUCCAGCCUGAUUUUUUGGGGGUUCUGCCCAGACUUGCCUCACCUGUGCUUUCCUGCAGGGCACUGGAGAUGGUGCUGACAUUCUGUGGCGGGCAAGGCCCUCUCUGGGAGGCAUGUGGUGCCCUUUGCCAAGGUGCCUUACCCACUGCUGCCAUGCCCUGAAGGAGGGAAGCUCCCUUUCUCUUGGGGCGAUAUUUGUAUCCCCUGUACUGCUGCUCUGUAAAUAAAGAUUUGCCCUUGUGUAUAGGAGGUGCCUGUACAA